UCAUUCGAGAAUGAUCCACUGUCGUCCCAGGCUCUGUUCUUAAGGGCUCUAGACUCGGAAACAUGUUUCCAGCGUCGCAACAAGUCUUCAUGGCAGCGACGACAAAAGAGGGAUGACAAAAGCAGCCCAGGUUGGAGACGACGCUCUGAUAAGUCGGAGACGUCAAGACGGCCUUGUUUCCGUGACUGCGCAAUUAAAGCCGAUUCAGCAUUUUGAUAUAAAUUAUGGCCUUAGUUCCUACAAUACAUCACGGCCUCAGCCUUCAGGAGCUGAAGGCGCCCGAGAUAUCAGCUACCACAAACCCAUUUGCAUCGAACCAGGCCACCCCUCGUGGUUCUACAGUAGAUACAAGGAAUGAUGCUCAGGAUCAUGUACAGGACUCACCUCCACCUUCUGCAGAGCCGGAACCGGAGCCAGCCCAGCAGAUCUUUGAACGGGCGCCGAUGCCAGAGACUAGCCGAGUUCGCCAGUUGACUGUAACUACAUUGAUAGUCAUAUCGAAUCUUGUUCAGAUGAUUGUGAACUUCGCCGGCGUUGCCGGUGGCAGGAGUUUUAGCGAGUCUAUGCACGUCAAACAAACAUACGCAACCUGGAUAGCAGCAAGUUACGGGCUGACACAGGGCACAUUCGUCCUCAUGAGCGGUCGGCUCGGCGACGUCUACGGACACCGUAGGAUGCUGCUGGGCGGCGGCGCCUGGCUUGUCGUAUGCAGUUUCAUUAGUGCAUUCUGCCAUACUAACUUCUUCGCCUUUGUUACGAUGCGUGCCCUCGCCGGUCUUGGGGGUGCCAGUGUUAUGCCAAAUGCAGUGGCCAUGAUAACAAUCACUAAUCCACCAGGGCGUGUUAGGAAUCUAAGUUUGGGGUUCUUCGCAGCGUCUGCUCCUCUAGGAGGAUAUGCCUCUGCGCUUUUCCUCGGGGCGUUCAUGGAGCGUACCCAUUGGCGGUGGUUCUUCGUUUUCGUAGCGUGUCUUGGGGCAGUGGUAUUCAUUCCUCUCUGGCUUCUGAGCCGAACCGAAAUGACAUCCAGUCGAAAUGAGAGUAUCGAUUGGAUAGGCGCAGCCUUAGGAACAAGCUCUUUGAUUCUAUUCAACUUUGUCUGGAACCAAGCACCAAGUGUAGGUUGGUCAACCCCCUACGAAAUCGGCCUCUUAAUCACCUCCCUCAUCCUUUUCGCCCUUUUUAUAAUCUGGGAACAUAAAACCCCGCACCCCAUGAUGCCCCCAGAUAUCUUCAAAGCACCCUCGUUCGCCGUCCUCGUUCUCGUCAUCCUCCUCAACUACAUGGCCGUCGGCACAGUCCUCUGGUACCAGCUCCUCUGGCUCCAAGACGUCUGGCACUGGUCAACCCUGCAAUUCGCCAUCGGCUGGACCCCCUUCGUCAUCUGCGGCACGGGCGCCGCCUGUCUCGCCGCAUGGCUGAUCCCCCGUCUAGCCGCGCAGUGGAUCCUCGCCCUCGGAACCAUAACAAUCAUGGUCUCCACCGCGCUCAUGGCAACAGUCCGCGAGGAACAGAGCUACUGGGCCCAGGUUUUCCCAUCUGUAAUACUCUUCGCGUUCUGCCCGGACCUCGUCUACGCCGCUGGGCAGAUUAUCGCGAGUAACUCGGUGCGCAGAAACCAGCAGGGCGUGGCUGGAUCGAUUAUCGGUACCCUGAACUUGUACGGGAAUAGUCUAGGUCUGGGCUUUGCGUCGACAGUUGAGGUGCAGAUUGCUGCGAAGACGGGAGAUGCGAUUCGUGGGUAUCGCGCUGCGUUGUACUUCGGGGUUGCAAUUAGUGCGGUGGCUCUUCUGCUGGAUGUUGCGUUUGUGAGAAGGGUCAAGGAUGAGCGCGAGGGGUGGGCCGAGGGAGAUCAAGAUCAAGAUGAGAACCCAGCGAUUGAGCUAGAGGUUUUGCGGGAUCAAGCUGCUACAGCUACGGGUGCCCAGGUCUCAUCUAGGCUUGAAUCAGGACAGGCUGUAUCCGUUGUCCAGCGAGUUGAUUGAUUUGCUACGGAGUAUAUACAUUCCAGGCACCGCACAAGUACCCGAUCUCCCGCUA